UCGAUUUCAGGGUUAUGACAGAAUGGAAGGGAGUGGGCGUAUUCCUUGAAUUGCAUUUCGAAAAAGCUACGGACUGUUUAACGAAAAUAUAAUCCUUGUCGUUAUUUCUUUGGAACAAAUCUGCAUGCGCCACUUGUUAUGCUUACGACCAAUAGGAUUUAACUAAAUAGUUUACGUUUAAACUUUAACACUAAGGUAGCUGGAUGCAGUUCAUACAUACAGUUUAUGGUCUUGUUUAUUAGCCGACGCUCUCAGAAGUUCAACGAAUGCCAUGCGGAUUCUCAUCGAAAAGUAUUGUUUUACAGAGGGAAAUCAGAGAGUGGCUCCUCUGACACUGGAAGUAAAGUAUCUCUCUGUGUAAUACUUAUAUGCUAUUUUUCAUUUCAAUCUACUUCAUGGAGGAAUGUGCAUGCUCUGUUCCAUAAUCGAUUGACGUGGGGACCUCCGGGGGCUGGCAGAUGACUGGAGAGCUGGCACUACGCUGAGCCUCGCAGUACAGUAAACCCAGACUCAUGCUUUUGUUUAUAGAGUUUCACCUGAACAACGUUUUGGAUGCAUAUUGCAACAAUGUUGCGACUGGCCUGUAAACAAAUAAAGCGGGCGUGCGGUAGGCCCAACUUCUGUUUCCGAAAACUCAAGUAGUCCUGGAUACAUUGAAUACGAUUUUUGUCAAAAGAAUAACCAGCGCCAGGUGAACGUUCACAAAGUAACUGUUCCGGCACCCGAAUUGCUGCACUCUUUUGUUUUAAGUUUGUUAUAGUAGUCCUAGAUGGAGUUUUGGCUGACUCAUUUUAGUCUUGCCGUUUUAUUAUUUUUAGGCCUAAUUACUAUCAACAAAAUAAUACAUGUUUUAAAUUUGUGAGUUGCUGUUAAAAUGGUAGAAAAUCGGUGCUCCGUUCAAAGGGAAGGGGUCUACCACUGGUUCUCGAUAUUGAACUCGGCCCAGAGAGCUGAGUUCCUUUGUGGGCUUUUGGACCUCUGUGUUCCAAUCGAACUACGCUUCCUCGGGUCAUGCUUGGAAGACUUAGCCCGCAAGGACUAUCACUCCCUCAGGGACGCCGAGAUCAAAGCCAACAACCCUGCUGACCUCUCGAACCUUACCAACAUCACGGACGACGUCGUGAGGAGCAAGCUGCUCAUCUCCCUCGCACUUCUCAACUCGGACAACCGAGAUGCGGCGGGUGUUCUCUUCCGAACGCUCACGCACAUCGACAGCGUCAUCAACAACUAUGGCCUGCAGCUCAACGAUGGACGAACGGGGGAGCAGUUCCUUCUCCUCUUCACCAUGGCAUCCAAUCAUCCGGCGUUCAGCUUUCACCAGAAACAGGUGCUAAGACAGGAGCUGACCCAGAUCCAGGAGAUCCUGCAGGUCACCUGUGGAGAGCAGCAGGCCGGGACUGGAGGCUGCGGCGGGACUGGCGCGCUGGCCACCCUGUCUCCCGCCACUAGCAUCCCUACCUACAUCACUGCGCCCACCCUCAACUCCAGUCAGGCUGGGUGUCCAUGUUGUCAUAAGACACCGCACCGAGAGGACGGGGCAGGGCGAGUGGACGAGGGGAUUGGUCCAGAAACCAUGCCUCACAUGACAUCUCUCUCAUGCAAGGAGCUGCCAGGCAAGGUGCAUGUUGGGAAACCGAGCAAAGUGAACAUAGAGAGGAUAGAGCUGAGUGGAGUGACUCACAAAGGGGAGAAACCAAGUGAAUAUAUGCUAGAGGUCACAUGGUCAGACUCCUCUGUUUCCAAUGUGAGCAGGACUCACCAGGAGGUGCUGAACUUUCUCUCCCAGGUCUCCCAGCUUUUCCCUGACGAAGGUCUAGAGAAGUUUCUGCUUCAGUCCCUUGGCCUUGAUCAGGCCCCUGAGCUGGACCCCAGGUGCCUGACAGUGCUUCCAGCCCACAUUCUCAAACACUACCAAGCCGAACUCUUCUUCAGCACUGCCACCACCGCCCUCUCCCCCCCCUCCACUGCAAGUCUUGGGUGCUUGUUUCAAUACAGAGGAGCCAACAGGGCUUUAUGUGGUGUAGCCAGUAUCCAGACAGUCAUGAGCGUUCACAACUCCAUUCAGACUCGCUCUCCUACCCAGCUGCCCCCCCAGGGCACUGUGCCCAUCCUUCCCCCCGGUGGGGUGGGGGUAGCAGGGGGGGACAACGCACUCCCUCCCGGCCACCUCCAGAACCCUGGUCCUCCACUGCAGAGCAUCCCAGAACAGAACGGCAUCCUGGACUGGCUGAGGAAACUCCGCCUGCACAAGUACUACCCAGUGUUCAAGCAGUUGACCAUGGAGGAGUUCCUUGGACUCACAGAGGAGGAUCUGAACAAGUAUGACCUCACCCAGGGAGCCAAGAAGAAGCUGAAGACGCAGCUGGAACUGCAGAAUAGGGAGAAGAUGGAGAAGAGGUAUAUGUUGUCCCAGUUCCCUGUGUCCUGCAGUGGCAUCGCUAGGGUUACUCCAUCCAGCCACAUAGGCUCAGUGGCACACGUCUACUCAAGUAGCAACACAGAGCUGUGUGUGGAGGUAGAGACGGGCGUGCACCCUCUCACCCGGGACAGCAGCUCCUCUUCAGGGUAUUCCAGCGCCCCCUCCAGCCCCAUGACCCCUCACUCUCUGUCUUUGUCCCGGGAAGGGGUCUUCAACAGGGCCAAGGAGCCACACAGACGGAUGGAGUCAGGACUAGAACUAGGAGAGAAGGACAGGACUUACGUUCUCCUAAACCCCACCGUUACAACAGGGCCUAGUCGGCCCACUGCUCAGGUUCUGCCCGUGCAGAAUGACCCUACUCCCUGCCCCUCCCACAUGAGCCUCCCUCCUCCCUCCCGAAGCCUACAGUCACCAGGACGCAUCCCGGGUUCCCCCUGUAAGCCCCGGCUACCUCCCUUCUGCCCUGAUGAGCGGGCCAAGCCCCUUGGUUCAGGUGUGGCUGUUGGGGUGCGACUGGAGAGGGUGUUCCCUGCCCUGAGUGUGGACAGUAUGGGGUCCCCUCCCCUUCGCCAGGACUCUGCUGGGCCCCGGGGGCCCUCUGGGUUCACUGUGCUGCGCCCCCCUCCAGUCUUGAUGGUGGACACCAGCUCCGCCCUCACCACAACCUCCAACACCCUUCACCACGUCUCACACCCCCCUCUACACCUGCUGGUGUCCCCCUCUCUACGGCAUACUGGACACUACCCAUACCCCUCCUCCUCUGCCUCCUCCUCCUCUUCCUCCUCAUCUCCUGCCUCCAAGUUAGCUUUUCCGUCUGUGGGUGGCGUUCACAUGGGAACUGCGAGCAGUGUUCCCAUGGCAGCGGUGCCAGGCAACACCUACUGUGUGAACAGUAGCGCCGCUGUCCAAACCAGCUCCAGUCCCACCUCCACGGAGACCAGCAUCUACGCUGUCACUUCUGGCUCCACCCCUAACUCCUCCGUCUGCGUCUGCAGCUCUUGUGGCUGCAGUGGGAACUGUGGCUCCUACGGGGCCCUCCCGGCCAGCUACGCAGGGUACUUCCAGCACCCCUUCUCAGGGACGUCAGUGUUCCCCCUGGGGCCCCUGCUUCACCUCAGUCCCCUGCUGGCUGGGAGCAGCACUGCCACCCCCUUCCCCUACCCCUUGGUGGCACCGCCCCUCUACAACAGCAGCGUGUCUCACAGCCACGACACCCAGGGGCAGCAGGGGCUUGUCCUGCCCCCCAUACAGGGCUUCCUGGGGGCCGGUGCCAACGUGCACAAGCCUCAUGGGGGGGUGGGGAACGGAGGGCAUAGAAAGCCAGGGAGCUUGUCCUGCUACAACUGUGGGGUCACCGGCCAUCGGGCACAGGAAUGCAAGCAGCCACCCAUGGAUGCUGCUCAGCAAGGCACGUUCCGGCUGAAGUAUGCUCCCAAAUCAGACAGCCAGGACUCUGGGGACUAAGUACAAGGAACUCCUGUGACCUGUGACCCCUGUGCACAUCAGCACCUUAUGCUCCUCCUGGUGGAGGAGUCCCUUUCAUUUAGGUAACUCUUUGACUCUUUGAACACACUUUGAUGAUUGGUGAAUGAAUGGUGGCCUGAGGCCACUUAACUCAACUGAUGAAAGUCAAAGAAUGGAGUCGGUUUGGAAGGAGCUAUUAACCCCAGUCCAUCUGUAACAUAUGAUUUUGAUCAUACCAAAUAAAAGAGAUGGUCAGGUCUAAACCCUGAGGCCGAAGGGUAUACAGUAUUUUCGAAUGGGAAAUGAUUUAGCUGUACAAAACCCACAGUUGAAAAUAUGAUGCAAUACUCCUCACACUACUUGGUACACACCUCAGCCUCACUCAGUCAAUCGGUCAAACUCCACAGACCUACACCUUUCAUAACAACUCAUGCGGUAUGCAAAGAUGUCCUUUUAAGUCGCUCUGGAGAUAAGUUGGAUGUAUCUGAGAGGAUGCUGAUGUGUGAAUGUAAAGACGUACAGUAUAAUAUGACUGCCAAAUAAUGCACAUUGACUGACUGACUACCAAAUCCUUCUCCUCUGGGACAGAGCAGGUCUGUGAGAAACACAGAGGAAGAGAAACGAGUGCUUUAUUCUACACAUCAUUCGCUGUGGGUACUUUGCCCUAUACAGUGCAGGUAUUAAUGGUGAAAGAAAUGGUGCGAGCAUUCUUAGUUUAGAUUUUAAGAUGUGCCAUUGACAUUUGUGUUGUUUAAUCGUUUAGAAGUUGGAGCAGUCUAAUAUUAUAAUGAUUGUUGAAAUGUGUGUAGGUUUUAGUUGUAUGUAUAAGGUUAUGUAUGUUUGAUUUUAUAAUAGUUGGAUUUGAUGUGAUGAGGUUGUGCUAUGUAAGAGGAUCCUUUUUGAAAAAGAUUUGAUAUUGAAUGUCAGUGAAUGUGUCCUUGAGUUGCCACAAUGGUGUGGCAUGUGAAAGCACUUUUAUGAGACCGGCUGGUCCCAGUCCAUUGGAUGUGAGUGUGACAUGAGGACCGUAGUCCUCAAGGAUGGAGAAGUUAUUAUAGUUUUUUUGUGUUGCACUGGAAUGUUCCUUGCCAGGUCUGGAGGACACAAUUCAGUCAUAAGGGACAUUUCGUUGAAAAUUAUGUUUAUGUACCAAUAAACACUUGCACCGAUUGCUUCAAAUUGGUCAUUAAAGGUCAACUGCACUUCCUAUUUUGGCGUCAUUUUAGAUUUGACUCAUUAAGAAAUGCUCGGGGCCAUGACUGAAUUCAAACUGAGUUGGUUUUGGGGUGUGGUUUGAUGUGGGUGUCUUUUGUGUGUGUUCGCAGGUGGGACGAGUUAGCCAAAUUAUUUAGCCAAUUUGCUUCAGCCAGCUAGUCCGGGACCUCUGCAAAGUUGACUUUAGAUAGCCUAUCUUCUGGGCUAGUUAGGGACUUUCAAUAAAUGACACAAUAUAAAUUAGACAAUAUUUUCAUGUUGCAGAACUUUUCGUUUUCAUUAAAUGCUUUCAAUAUUUGCAUAUGAAUUUCUACAAUUUAUAGUUGGUUUGAUGUUUUAAGUAAUUGAAAUGUGGAGCUAUUGGAAUUUUUACAUAUUGUCCCUUGUAUAUUGUGUAAUUUACAGAUGGUCCAUAACUAGCCACAUAGGGAUAUCCAAAGUCAACCCAAAUUUACCACAGGCAUUACGAUUGUGUUGCGUGCAGCUCCACUCUGAAUUUAUGAUUACUUGUGUGCUGUCAGCUGUGGGCACAUGGGCAGUAUUGAAACAAACCCAACCUUCAUUUACAUUGUGAUGCAGUCACGACCACAACACUUAAAAAACUCUGUUUUAGACAAGACUGACUUUAUGACCAAAAUGAUCCUAUUUACACUUCGUAGUCAAUUUUGACAGUAUAAUAAAUGUUUCUGACUCAUUUCGAUGCCACAUAGGGCUGUUUCUAAAUGAGAAGUUGUUUUUUAGUGGCCGUUGCUCUUUAAGACUUUGACUAAAUCAGGAUCCUUUGGUUGAAACAGGAAACAGAUUUACAGUAGUUCUAUUCUGCUGGGUGUGAUCUGGUCUGAGGACCGAAGAUCAAGGAAUUGUAGGGCACAAUCAAGGAUUGUAUCUGACUAUCUGUAGAGUAUUGCAUGCUAGGGAAUGUUGUAUUUUGUAUAAAAAGUGUCAAAGCUUUGUGGUCAAACCUUUUUACCACAUCUGUACUGUCUAGUUCUCAUGGGAGUAAUAGAGCUUAGUGACAACAUUACUGUAACAGUACGCCACAUACAUUUACAUUACAUUUACAUUACAUUUAAGUCAUUUAGCAGACGCUCUUAUCCAGAGCGACUUACAAAUUGGUGCAUUCACCUUAUGAUAUCCAGUGGAACAACCACUUUACAAUAGUGCAUCUAACUCUUUUAA